UGUAUAAAAGGUGGUGACUGGCGAGUGAAGUUAUCUUGGCAAUAUGCGUAUUAGUUGGGGUAAGCGGGUUGGUUUAUUGCUGUUGCUCCUCGUUGGGGUAGUUUAUGGCUCCGAUAUUUGGCAAGACUUUGCAGACAGGCCGUUUCCAUGGAGAAAAGUGAAAACGGGCAUUGAAUCGAACUUGAGUUCGAAUUUCCAAGCGGUUGAGGUGCAAAGUGAAUCUCCAUUAAAUACUGUAACAGUACAAUGUGGGGAGCGCAACAUAUUGGUUAGAGUGGACAUGGAUUUAUUUGGAACGAAACAUCUGGUUAAAGCUGCUGACCUGACUCUGGGGGCGGUAGGUUGCCGCCCAACAGCCAUCUUCUCUCAAAAUCACACGGUUUUCUUUCAUUAUGGACUGCAUGAGUGUGGUAGUGAACUCCAGAUGUCUGAAGAUUUCCUCGUCUACACCACCCACCUGAACCACAGACCCCAGGCUCGUGGAGCGAUUAUUCUGCGAACUAAUGGGGCAAUCGUUCCUGUUCAGUGUCGUUAUUUCAGGAAAGCUAACGUGAGCAGUAACCCAAUCCACCCCACGUGGAUCCCGUUCAGCUCCACCAGGUCUGGGGAAGGACAACUAUCGUUCUCCCUGCGGCUAAUGAAUGAUGACUGGCUUACAGAGCGCGCCUCCUCCACCUACUACCUGGGCGAGCUCAUUCACAUCGAAGCCUCUGUUUCCGUGAUUAACCACGUGCCCCUGAAGCUCUACAUUGACCGUUGUGUAGCCACACCGAGCCGGGACAGGGACUCCACCCCGAGAUACAACAUCAUUGAUCACCACGGAUGCCUCCUGGACAGCGCGGCUGAGGACUCCUUUUCCACCUUCGUGUUGGUCGGGGCUGACCGUGAGGUGGACAAACUCCGCUUUGAUUUGGAUGCCUUCCGCUUCUCUGGAGACAAGCAUUCCCUGAUCUUCAUCAGUUGUCGCUUGAAAGUUGCUGCAGUUGAUCGGAGCGAUUCCGUGAACAAAGCAUGCACUUUCCAGAGGAAGCAGAAUAUGUGGGCUCCACUGGAAGAAACGAGCUUCGAUGUCUGUGCCUGUUGUCGCCUGGGUGACUGUGCAGCCAUAGGGGAGGCUGCAGCUUCAAGAGGCCGGAGGGCGACUCAGUCUGAGAUUGAGAAAGUUGAUCCAGAGAAGUGGGAGGGAGAGGCCUCGCUUGGACCACUGCUCGUUCUGGAGAACGGAGUGCCCGACCUGGCAUUCCAACGGUUCAAUGAGAUCCAACGACCUGGACGGCAAACUUCAGGAAGGGGUGUGAUAUCUGAAAUGGUAUUGAUCAUCACCUUGGCUGUGACGGCUACCUUUCUCGCCGCUGCUACUUCGAUCAUCUUUUUCUUGUACAGAAGCCGCAAGCAAAUUCUGUUCAACUAGUUUUCAAGUGUAGAAUAAAGUGUAAAUUG